AUGUCCUCCGUCUACUUCUCGCAGAACGGGAACAGGAAUGGGUUCGCGGAGAAGACACACUACAAUGGACUUCCAACACACUCCUCCGCCGUCCGUGAAAAGUGGCAGCGACACCACCCCACCUCAUCCUGGCUGAUACCCCUAUCAUUACCCAUACCAGGCGUCCGCACGCGCCGCCUUCGCAUAAUUGCACCCAACCCCGCGCGAUUGCACCAGUUCAGCGUGACACGCUUCGGCCGCAGGAGAGGCCCGCUCGUCCUGUUCGUCGGCGUCGUCGUCGCGGUGUUCACCGUGUUCGCGCUGCAUAAGCGCUUCGCGACGCAAGAAAAGAAAUGGCCGGCCCUCUCGACGGGGGAGCCCUCCACGCUGGUCUACCAGCCCGAGGACCUGCGACGAAUAUGGGAGUGGGAAAUAGCCGCUGGGCACUAUCCUAGCAGUCGCAAGAUUCCAAAGCAGCUCGCAUUCACCUCACCACCACAUAACCCCGCGCUUCCUGCACGGAAAUCCGCGACCCUACCUUCGCGGUACCGGUCACCGAUCGUCCAGGACACAGUUGGUAUGGGUGCCAAGCGCGUAUACCUCGACUUACAAGCGAAGCUGCCCAAUGUUGCAUAUCCUCCAAGGCCAGUACCUGGCAGUGUCGCAGACUUGGAUGUCAUCAUGGACUACUGUGAUUUCUCCCAGAACAAGUACGUGCGGGAUUGUCUCGAAGUGCUCCGGCUGGGCGGGGGGCUGGAUAACCAGGCCAGAGUAAGGAGAGGCAAGAUGGAUGACUGGAAGUACAUCUAUGUGGAGGAUGGUGUAUCCGACAAUAUCACGGAGCCCGACGCAAUGCUCAAGCCAAGCUACGCACUGCCCCAGGGAGAGUCGGAGGUCAGCAAGGACUUCACCAAGAAGCGGGGUGGGACUUGGGAGCCUCAUUUGAGUCUCCCCCCCGCCCCGAAGUACCGGCCAUACAAGGACCAGGCCGCCGUCUGCGACGAAGAGAACCCUCGCGUAUUCCACAUGUUCUGGACGGGCCCGUUCACAGAUAAGCCAUAUCUCGCGUUAUUGUCUUUCCUCUUCACGCAGAACCUUGGGUUGCACCUCGACUCCGAUCAUCCUAUUUCAAAUGUUUGCCGGCCCAAAUUCUGGUUGUGGAUCAGUCCUGGGCCGGCUGCGGUGCCUCCUGGCCCAAAUGCUCUGAAGGAAAUGUACGACGGCCUGAAGUCCAGCCCAUGGGCAUCACCAUUCUUACACCCGCGCUUCAAGGACAUUAUCCAAUUCAAGCUAUGGAACACAACAGAACAGCUCGAUGGCGUGCCCGAGCUCAAGGACGAGUGGAGAGCUCUGCGCGACAGUCUGUUCAACUCGGGCGGGUGGGUCGAGAAGGUCUCAAUGGAUGACCCUGUUGCAGCGACUGGCCCGACCGCAGUACUUUCAGGGGUAAAAGGAGAAGGCGCCACUGCAGCUCAGCCUCCGGCGCCGACCAGUAAGGCCGGCAACGACGCCGAUGACAAGGUGAAUCGUGUCGGCUCGAAGUCGCCUCAGCAGUACGACAAACUGUCUGUCAUUCUAUCCGACAUGGCGCGUUUCAUUCUCUGUCAUCGUUUCGGCGGCAUCUACCUCGACGCCGACACGAUCUUCCUGCGCGACUGGGAGGAGCUAUGGGGUUGGAGGGGCGCGUUCGCGUACCGAUGGUCGCGCCUGGAGAAGUACAACACUGCCGUCCUCCGCAUGAACAAGAACUCCCCCCUGGGCACGUUCCUAUUCCGCACCGCGCUUAAGAACGGGUUGGACUUCCAUCCUAUGACGGUCUCGCGAUAUACCAAGGAUGCGUACUUGGAGGGUCUGCUCUUGCGUCUGCCCGAUGCGCUGUUCGACUCGGCGUGGUUGAACACGGAGUCCUACCAGCGCGAGCGGCCUCCACAGCCCUACUUCACAGAGUUUGGGGACUUCUUCGAGACGCCCAGAGAACAGGGUGCCGCGCCUGCUGCGCUGGGCUUUGACGGGUUCUUCAAGGGCGCAUACUCGUACCACUUCCACAACUUUUGGUGGAGGCCGUUUGACGAAUACCGCAACUGGCCCGACCUCGGCGAACGCUUCAUCAACGGCGAGCGCAUCGCACGCGCAUCGAUCGCCUCUGAGCGGGGCGUCGUGCCGCUCGACGAGGAGACCGUCGCCUCUGACAAGCGAGAUCUCGACUGGUCGACCGUACUGAAGCGGACGUUCGAGUCGUACAUCCGCGGCGAACGGCCGAACAUGUACGGGGAGUGGCUGCACUGGUGAGCGAAGCGCGGGAUUCGCGCUCGAACUGAGUUUGGUUAAGCGUGUGCGCGGGCUGGCGAUUGGGACACUAGAGUUUGCACUGGGUAUGCGGCUCAUGUGAAUACAUGGCGGCGUGUCUGCUGGACCAAAGACACUACAUAGUCUCGAGGAUCUUCGUUUAAUGGCUGCACUACGUCGCGCUACUAUCACACUACCGCUAUGCCCUCUAUGUAAUGUAAUGGAUAAGAAGUUCCUCAUGUUA